CGAAUCAUGGUCACCUGAUCGAUAAUUCUCUACUGUCACUUUUGUGGUUUAGGGGUUAGGUUUCUGUCAACAAAAACACCUGAUAAAUACUGCAAAAAUGACUACUUUGAGGCCAUUUACUUGCGACGAUAUGUACAAAUUCAACAAUGUGAAUUUGGACCCUUUAACUGAGACCUACGGACUGUCUUUUUAUAUGCGUUAUUUGGCCCAUUGGCCGGAGUAUUUCCAAGUUGCGGAGUCCCCAAGUGGCGAAAUUAUGGGCUACAUAAUGGGAAAAGCUGAAGGCAUUGGGGAGAACUGGCAUGGACAUGUGACAGCCCUAACUGUCUCGCCUGAUUUCAGACGACUAGGCUUAGCUGCUACUUUAAUGAAUUUCCUAGAGGAUGUUUCAGAGAAAAAACGCGCGUAUUUUGUCGAUCUUUUUGUGAGAGUCAGCAACAAAGUUGCGAUUAAUAUGUACACAAACUUGGGGUAUAUUAUUUACAGGACGGUUUUGGAAUAUUACUCAGGCGACCCGGAUGAAGACGCUUACGAUAUGAGGAAGGCCCUUUCCAGGGACGUCAACCAGAAGUCUGUGAUACCGUUAACACAUCCUGUGAGACCGGAAGAUGUGGAUUAGUAAACCCUAAUUUUUAUUGUAAUUAUUUUACGAAAUUGAUUUGAAUAAACAUUGAAACAUUAUAA